GCAGGUGCGGGCUUCCGCACCCCCACGCGUGCCAGCGCCACUGAGACCGCGCACCUGCACGCGGAGGGUUCGCGACGCGGCACAGGUGGAGAUGGGCGAGCUCCGGCUCUGCCGUCACCGCCGAUAAGCAGCUGCUGGGUCCAUCAGCGGCAAGGGGAGCAAGUGCCGAGUUGGUGCGUGUAUAGCUGCUGGUGGUGGUGGUGUAGUUUGUAUAUUCUGUGCGCGGAGAGCAGCCUUUGGAGGUUCAGCAUCUGCUGAGGCUUCUGCGUAACCAGAGCUGGUGAAGGUAUUGUCGGUGGCUGCAAGCGAGCAACUCACCUGGGAGGGCAACUCACCUGGGAGGGCAACUCACCUGAGCGGGCAACUCACCUGGCCGUGACGCGUGGCCCAGGCACAGUGUUCCCGCGUCCCCACUUCGUCGCCAGGCCUUGCGGCGCGAGCACGGCGUAGUCAUCAGGCAACCGCAGCCUGCCACUCCUCGCCCAAUGCAGCCUCGAGACCCCGAGUGAGGCUUCCCCGCUUGGCAUGACAUUCCUGCUCUCAAGAGGAUGGCGUUUGAAAAUCUGGCUGUCGGCCUGCAGAUGUCGUACCCGGCACUGUUGGACCGGGGGGCCGUGCGAGCCGGGCCCGGCGUGCUCGUGUUCGCCCGGCCCCUCUCCAUGCCCGACUCGCGGCCCAUCAUCUACACGGGGGUCCAGGAGGGGGAGGCGGCGCACGGGAGGGUCAUCGUGAUCCCCCACGGCGGCUCCGAGGCGGCGACGGAGAGAGGGGCUCCUUGGAGGGCGCAGCCCGAGGUGCGCUGUGCGUUCGUGUCGCCCUGCGCCACCGGCCCCGAGCACGACGGCACUGCACUCUGGGUAGACGCCCCCCUCGGCUCUCACGCCUCUGCCUCGUCCAAGCCCAGCCCGGCCACGAAGAGGCGAGGUCGGCGGCCCAAGAAUGCGGAAGGUUUACUGCCCGAGUGUCCGGACGGGAAGAUAAAGAAGAAGGCACGGGAAGGGAAAGGCCCGUACCUGUGGGAGUUCCUGCUGGGCCUGCUGCACGACAGCAACACGUGUCCCCGCUACAUCAAGUGGACCGAGCGCGACAAGGGGAUCUUCAAGCUAGUGGACUCGAAAGCGGUGUCCAAGUUGUGGGGGUGCCACAAGAACAAGCCCGACAUGAACUACGAGACGAUGGGAAGAGCGCUGCGGUACUACUACCAGCGCGGUAUCCUGGCUAAGGUGGAGGGGCAGCGGCUUGUCUACCAGUUCAAGGAGAUGCCCAGAGACCACCGGAGAAAUGGGGACAACGACACCAACGGCUCGACCGAGGCGCCCAGCAGCCCCGACACAACCCCGCCGCACUCCCCCGCCGCGGGGGACAGAGAAGUGGCGGCCGAUUUGGGCGGUCGCGGACCGCUUCGUCCGGGAGACGGGUCGCCUUUUGACAGGCGACGUGCGAGCGUCGGCACAGACCGCAUCGGCGGCCCGGAACCCACCGUAGCUGCCGAGAGCAGGGCCGUGGGGUCGGUGCACGUGCCCGUGGUGAUGCGCGCCCUCCCUCCGAGCCGACCGCGGCCCAGGACCAUCGCGAGCGCCGACGGACGAUCGGUCCUGCCUGCCCUGCCGCCGUCGCCACCGAUGCCUCCACCGCCGCCCUCGCCCGUCCUCGCCAGCAUCCUCGCCGGCGUCCUCGCUCGCCCGGACCGUUCCUCGGAGGCCGUCGAGUCGGCCGCGGACCGGCACCCGGCCUCCGUGGGCCCCGACGCCUACCCGGCGCUGCGCCGCCUGCUCGUGCCCAGCGUGAUCCGCGGCCCGGACUCGCUGCGCCAGAGGGCCUCCGCGAGCGAGCAGAUCGGUCGACCGCCCGCCGCCCCGGCGGCCGCUGCUACAAGGACGCCUCUCACUGGGAACACGACGUCCGUUAUCCAGCGGCUGCUCAGACCCGCGGAUGAGAGGGAGGAGCGAGUCUGACCCCCGAGGAGAUGAGAAGGAGGAGCGAGUCUGACCCCCGGGGAGAUGAGAGGGAGGAGCGAGUUUGACCCCUGGGGAGAUGAGAGGGAGGAGCGAGUCUGACCCCUGGGGAGAUGAGAGGGAGGAGCGAGUCUGACCCCUGGGGAGAUGAGAGGGAGGAGUGAGUCUGACCCCUGGGGAGAUGAGAGGGAGGAGUGAGUCUGACCCCUGGGGAGAUGAUAGGGAGGAGCCUGACCCCUGGGGAGAUGAGAGGGAGGAGCCUGACCCCUGGGGAGAUGAGAGGGAGGAGCGAGUCUGACCCCUGGAGAGAUGAGAGGGAGGAGCGAGUCUGAUCUCUGGGGAGAUGAGAGGGAGGAGCGAGUCUGACCCCUGGGGAGAUGAGAGGGAGGAGCGAGUCUGAUCUCUGGGGAGAUGAGAGGGAGGAGCGAGUCUGACCCCUGGGGAGAUGAGAGGGAGGAGCGAGUCUGACCCCUGGGGAGAUGAGCGUGAGGAGCGAGUCUGACCCCUGGGGAGAUGAGAGGCAGGAGCGAGUCUGAUCUCUGGGGAGAUGAGAGGGAGGAGCGAGUCUGACCCCUGGAAAUGUCAGGAGCGAUAGAGAGUGCGGGGAUGCCUGUCACACCGCUGGGAAGCCCUCGCCGGGAACUCGGUGCGAGUGCCGAAUCAGCGAUCAAUGCUCGUCGGCUCAACAAUUGUUACAAUUCCAGGAGUUGUGAGCUGACAAUUUUCCUUACAAUAGCUACUUGCAGUGGUGGUAUGUUUUAUGGUAUACAUAUGUAUAUAUAUUUGAAAUGCGUUUUAUAAACAGGUGGCAAUGUGAGAUUUGUCAUGACGGAAGAAGACGGUCAAGGCCAGAACUUGUCUAUGAACAAGAUUUUGGAUGUUUUUUCCCACAUACCGUAAGUAUUUAGAUUUUAUAUUUACAUGCUAAGGAAGAAAAUGGAUUUUCCAGUUUUGUGUAACGAGGAAUGCGCCAUUGAUUCAUGAUGAAGCCAAAAGCUGGGCCAACGUUUUGACAAAUACAUGCACAGAAUUGUACAAACCUUACUCUAAAUUAAACUUUUUUUUGAUGGGUGGCACCUCAUCAACCGACUCCUGUGAGUCAUUUCACAGUAGAAUACAUUGUUUUUCUGCAAAGCCUGAAGUGGAUGCUUGUGACUUUUUGGUUGGGCAGUUUCUAUGAUUUCAGAGGCAUGUUUCAGACACUUUAAAGAUGUCGGCAAUCGUGAGUACAAGUCAUGAAGUGCUUUUUUCCUUGGGCAUUGUUUGUCAAUCGAUGUACAUUAUUGUCUCACGCUCCUUUAUGAAAAAUGCUCAUGAAAUACCACGGUGCAAGGUGUACACUCUGACGAACUGAUGUUUUCAUCCCCGCCGAGAUGGUGGGUGACGGUGCAUUCAUAUUCUGAAUUGAUUGCAUAUAUCAGCCAUAUUUUCGAAAUGACAUAGAACUACCUUUGACGUGGUAACCCCGCGUGUGUGUUGCUCGGGUGAUGGUGAAAUUGUGACUGAGGGUUGCCCGAUGCGUAGACCUGACCGCGGGACCACGAGGGUUGUGGUCACCUGGCCACAGACGAACGAGUAAUAGCUACAGACAACAGCACGGGGUCACGUGUGUGCCCCCCCUCCCACUCUGUCUCCAUGAACCCCAAGUCUCUUUUGGAAGUACUCAAAGUUUGUGGAAGAGUUUUGGUGGCGCACUGUAACGGGACCGCGCUUUAUUCAAUAAAAAAACUACGUUGUGAAAAGUUUGACACUGGAUUGCAUACAUGCGCAAAAUUAUUCAAUGUAGGAGAAAGAGACAAAUUACGUUAAUUAAUUAUAUUAAACAUUAUAGGGGGGGGAUUAAACCCAAGAAAUGUAGACUAGAUUUUAUUCUAUGAUAAAAUUGUAAUCAAUUGAUGUUGUGCAGACAGCAAUAUGCAAUACUGGUACAACAAAAAUUGUACAAAACCAAAAAUAGGAAUAAAAUUACCAUACUUGACCAAGACAUAAAAAAUAUUUCUAAAAUAUCAUUAAUGUAUACUUGCCUAAAUCUAGUAAAUAAUAUAAACUUCAAAAUUUGAGAGCAAAUGUUAAACAUGCAGAAAAAUAACAAUGUUUCGUUUUGGGUUAAAACUGACCCAAAAUGUUAUUUUCUUUUUGUUACAAACUUUUCAAAAUGUGUACGUGCUGAAUCUAAUUAUUGGAAAUAAUUAACAAUCAGAUGGAAAAAAAUUGCGACAAAUGUAGUUUUACGAUGAAGGGAAAAUAUUAAAGUUGGAAACAAAUUUGCACAAAAAAGUAUUGCUUUUCUAGAAACCAGUAACAAAUGCAUAUUAUAUCCUGAAUGUGUAAGCAGGCAAUGUAAGGAAAUUAUAGUUUUAGUUGGAAAAAUUAGGGGGUAAAUUCUUACGGCAAUGUUUGCCAAAAAUGGCACAUGUAUUGGUUUAAUUUUAUGAACAAUUUUUCGUUAAUUAAUUUAACUGUUUUAUGAAUAUGCAGUAAAUUCAGCCGUGGUGUCUUCAGAAAGUGUUGGUGAAUGUCAAAAGUUAUAUAUGAGGAUCAGUUUCAAAGACAAUGCAAAUAUUAUCAGAGUAUGUUUGUUUGAAUGUUCACCACUAGUACGUGUGAUUAAUGCAGAGUUGAUUCCUUGCAAAAUACAUAUAUUUGGUGCUUGAAAUACUUAAGACCUCCUGUUUUCUUGCCAGAGGGUAAAACCUAUUUUAAUGAUUUAUUAUUUUAUUAUUUUAUUAUUUUUUCCCUAUCUGUGACUUUACCAAAAGACCCAGAGUACUAAUCUUAUUUUUAAUACAUUUGCGGAUGUUUAGUUUGACCCCAAAAAAAGUUGUAAUAUAAAUACAAACACAUUGCGAAAAGGUCUCCGUCGAGAAAAAAUGAAGGAAAAAUAUAUGGAUCGAUAUUGAUGUAAAAUCUAUUUUUAAAUAUGAACCGUGAAUAAAUAAUGAACAUCCCCUGUCAAAAGCACACUACGUCGAUGAAAUAGAAAUUUGACGAAACUUUUCCUCAGAAAAUUGCAAAAAUGACUUCCUGAAUGCUGAUAAAAAAAACUUUCAUUUUUUCUAAAUAAAUUAAUAUUAACUGCGCAAUCGCUAAAAUGUACUUUACAAUGAUAGGAAAUCAAAAUAUUAAAGUAUUUUAUCUCUGAAAGUGACAAAAACGAGCUAUUCUACGUCAUUAUUGGUGAACGUGAACACUUUCUCCUUGUAGUAAUUGAGAGCUGUAAAUGAUAAAUGCACGCGUUUAAAGUAUUAUAAAUCGUAAAAAUACUGAAAUUACGCAAACACAUUUUUCCUCAGAAAAUAAAAAAAACACUGUGCAUUCGAACCGAUGCCAAGAUCGGUAAAUCUUAAAAAAAUAUAUACUGGUAAAUCGUCAGCCAUGGUCAAUUCCCAGCUGGAGGAAGGUCUACCCCAAGCCAUUAUCUACAUAGCACCUGCACACAAGCUGACAAAUUCACUUAAUCAUCUUGUUAGACGCCUUCUCAGGGACGCGUUUCCUUCCGUGGCUGUCACUCCAAGAUUACUCCUCAUUCCCUUCAAGUGAGGACGUGCCCUGGCCAAGCCCGCUUAUAUUUUUUAACACCUUGAAUCACGCCAUCCUCGUGAGAGGCAUCUUAUCUUGUCCACGUGUUCCUGUCGAUCACUCUGUUGUGGCUUGCCAGCGUGCGUUCCCUGUUUGGUGUUAAUCGCGCACGGUGCUUCUGCACCAUGCCAUGACAGAUCACGACGCACCGAUGCAAUUAGUUGCUUCAAGCACAUUGGUACAUUAGCGUUCAUGGUCAAGUUCAGUUUAGUGAAAGCACCCCCCCCCCCCCCCACAAACCUGCUCUGAACCACCUCUUCAGCUCGCUAUCCAUGAGCCCGCUUUUUCUUCAACAGGUUCACGUAAUUCUGCAGUUUGUGUUCCAAUUGCGUCCCUCCAUUUUUUUGUGAAUAUUGGCCAAAUAAUUCAUUUUGUUUUUUAUAUAUAUAAAACUACAAAUAAAUGAAUGUACACGUUCAACAAAAAGAGAGCUAUGUAUUGAUGUAAAUGACAAUAAAGAUGACGAUCAAAUUUGUGGUAACAUUUAACAAAAAUAAAGUGACAUAACCCAUA